AUGAAAUAGAUACUUUCAUAAAGCUUUACACCGGAGGUCAUUCCUACUUUAUUUAGAGAAUAAUCGGAACGUCCAAAUCUUGGGCAAAAGCAACAAGUCUAGAAGGAAAAGUAAGGAAAAGAUCUCUAUGCUUUAAUUGUUGAUUAACAAAUGAUUAAAUAGAUAGAAAUAAUAGAAAUAUUUAAGGAAGAAGACCAUGAAUCGAUAUAUAAAAAACAUAUAGUAAAUUAUGUUAUUUAAAUAAAAACUGAUUAUUUUGAUUACACCAUUCCUAAAAGAUAUUCGGAGUUUGAGAAAUUGCAUGAAUAAGUAAUUCAUUAAAUUAUUGUUAGCUUCACUCCUACUUAAAAUCUAUGCCGAAGUUCCCUUAGAAAACUUUAAUUCAAACAAAUUCAAGGAAAAUUAUAGCUCAAAGAUAGGACAUGCUUUAAUGUAAAGAAUAUAAUUAUUCUAAGAGUUUUUGUAACACCUUUUAAAACAUUUAGAUCAUUCCUUGUAUAUCUUUUUAGAAUUCCUAAAUAUUAAAGGUAGUAAUUGAAUUAAUAAAUAUAAAGAAUAAUUUUAAAAAGGCGGUUUCGAUUAAAAUGUUAAACUACAUCAACCCAGUAGAGAUGAAACAGCAUUAAAGGAUCUUUUGGAUUGCAGUCCUAAGAAAAUACAGCCCAAGAAUGAGCCAGAAUAAAUGAUAAUCCACUAUUUAAAAAAGUUGAAUGAGAAGAUAGAUGAGAGAGGCAAACUCUUUUAGUAUAUUAAUAAAUUAAAAAAUAUAGAAAAAUGGAAAAAUAUUGCUUUGGUAAAAUCCAAUAAGUAUCUCCAACCAUGUUAAAGGUGUUAUUCAUAGGAGAUGAGGAGAGAGAACUCGAAGGAAUCAUGUAGACAUUAUCCAUCCAAAACAAUGAUAUUUAGAGUCAUAUUAGUUGUAUCAAUGGGUUUUAGUUUUUUCGAAAAGUCCUAGAAUAUGAUUAUAAUCCAAGUAUAUCAAAAUACUUAAGUAGAUGCCGAAUAAGCACUAAAGUAGUUUGGAGAAAUAUCCAUUAAGCAAUUUAAAAAGGUUAAGAUCUAGUCUCAUGUAUGUGGCCAAUAAAAACAUUGCAAGCAAGAUUCUCUUACACUUUUGCAUAAAUAUAUUAAUCAGAAUCAAUUAAAGGAUUAAAUGAUCAAAUACUUGAUUGAUGAUGAAGAAUGCUUAUAAGAGUAUGAGUAUUUUGUUCAGACUCAUAUUAAUAAAAUGAUAGAUGAAAUCAAAGUAAAUAAAGACAGCAAUGAAAAUCUCUAAGAACUAUUGCCUACAAAAUCUAAUUCUACCGAACAUGCCAUCCUAGAAUAAGAAGCUUCGAUUGAAUAGUUAUAUGAAAUCAGUUAAAUGAAUUUAAAUUGGAAGUUUGUCUAAGGUAAUAAAUAAUUUGGAUUAUCCAUAGAAUUUGAAACUCAUUUGAUGUAUCAUCUAUCUGGUUAAUUUGUAAAAACAGUUCAUCCUAUUAAUUGUUCCAUCGAAAAAGCUAUUGUUAUCUUUACAGAUCUCAAAAUCCAAUGGUUUCAUGGAAUGAUAUAAAAGGAUGUCUUAGAACAAUAUGAUGAACUUAGAAGUCUAAUUGUUGAAUAUUAUGUCUGGGAAGAUAAAUCAACCUUCAAGAAAAUGGCAUUCGUCAGUGAAUAGGAAAUUACUAAAAUAGAUGACUUACUUUAUUAAAUUACUAUUGUUCCCAGUUCAAAACCAUUACCAAAUCACUACAAAAUCAAAUGUGAUUAAAAAGGUAUUAGCAAUUUUAAUAUCUAGGGUAGAAGAUGAGUUUGAUAUUUUUGAAAAAGAAAACAGAUGACUCUUGUGAAGUCAUUGUCUAUUAAAAUAUAAUGGAUAACACAUUUAGAACAGCUCUAACUCCUGUUAUUUUAAAAGAAAUCCCAUGGUUUAAUCACACAAUAACUAAAUUAAAAGCUCUAUUAUGA